UGAAUGCUCAUAGCGCAUAUUAGUAAGCGCCGUCAAUACUCUAUAUAAAUUGGGGGCGGUUGUUUUCCGUGGUGGUCGGAGAUUUGGUGCAAUUACAGCGUGUACGGAACUGAACUUUUGCUUCGCUGUAUCAAGAAAUCAUCAUCAUCAUCAUCAUCAUCAUCAUCAUCAUCAUCAAGAACCAACAACAAUACAUAUACAUCAUCUAUAAUAAACACUUUCUUUUUCUUUCGCAUCUUUUCUACCAGACCUGAAUUCUCGAAUCGGGUCUUCGGCAAUUCAAUCGCCAUGUCUUACGCUUACCUCUUCAAGUACAUCGUCAUCGGUGAUACCGGGGUUGGGAAAUCAUGUCUUCUUCUUCAAUUUACUGACAAGCGUUUCCAGCCAGUGCAUGAUUUAACCAUUGGUGUUGAAUUUGGUGCCAGGAUGAUUACGGUUGACAACAAACCCAUUAAGCUGCAAAUAUGGGACACGGCUGGUCAAGAAUCCUUUAGAUCUAUCACAAGGUCCUAUUAUAGAGGGGCUGCUGGUGCACUGCUAGUCUAUGACAUCACCAGGAGGGAAACCUUCAACCAUUUGGCUAGCUGGCUGGAAGAUGCAAGGCAGCAUGCAAAUGCAAACAUGACGAUCAUGCUCAUUGGUAAUAAGUGUGAUCUUGCUCACAGAAGGGCUGUGAGCACAGAGGAAGGUGAGCAGUUUGCCAAGGAGCAUGGGUUGAUCUUCAUGGAAGCGUCAGCAAAAACGGCUCAGAACGUUGAGGAGGCAUUCAUAAAAACAGCUGCAACAAUAUACAAAAAGAUUCAGGAUGGAGUUUUUGAUGUUUCAAAUGAGUCAUAUGGAAUAAAAGUUGGUUAUGGUGGAAUCCCAGGGCCGUCUGGAGCAAGGGAUGGCUCUUCUUCUCAAGCUGGAGGCUGCUGCAGUUGAGAUUUACUUGUAGAGUGAAUGAAAUUACUGUGUGUUACUGUCAUUUGGUUGUGAAACUGUUGCCACUGGAUGCACAAUAUGUGGACAAGCAAAAAUAUUGAUAUAUUUGUAUAAUCUUGGUUUCUUUUCUAUUUGUUGAUUGUAAAUGUGACUGUGAUCUUAGAUACAUUCAUUGGUAUUUGGUAGUUGUAUUGGAAGGGAAUGUCAAGUUUGAAAACCCA